AUGGAUGGACCUUUACUUUUAUCUUCUGAUCCAUCGUCUGUAGAGUAUUCGGAUCCGCCUGUAUCAAAACGGCAUAAGCAAUCCGAGCCAAAAACUAGUACUGCGUUCAUAGAAGAUGAAUCAAAUGAGGACGAUGACACAGCAGGGCCAUCGUCGUCAGAAUCCGUUCCGUCGGAUCUCUCAUCUUCACCUUCCGAUUCAGAUGUCUCUAACCCUGAUGUGUCCUCAGACCAGUUAGAAGAUUCAGUAAAUACGAAACCUUUAGAAGCUGGAUGUUUGGACUUGCCGAACAAAGACAAUCAAAACCUGGAAUGUGCUGCUCAAAUACCAAAGUCAAGCCGGAUCGAAAAGUUUCAACCACCAAAGCAAUAUGCAAAGGAGGCGGACCCUCGAGAUUGUAAAUCAAAGAUAUUUGGAGGCGCUUCUCUAGUGACAUUUGGGACACUUGCAGCCUCCGGUGCGUGCGCCUCUUCGUCCCCGUUUUCUUUCCUGGAAGAUUCACAACAACCCCCUUCUUUUUUGGAUAGCAUUUCAAAUGACACCGAAGAUGACACUGUCACCAAAAUUCGCGAAUUCUGUACCGGUGAAGAAGACGAGGAAACGAUUUUCACUGCCCGAGGAAAGCUUUUCUGGAUGCCUGUCGGUUCAAAAAACGAAGCCUGGCGAGAACGCGGCGUUGGAACCGUCCGGCUCAACUCUUACCCCGACAAAAAAAAGGAUCGCGGAUAUCGGCUCAGUAUGAAUGUUACCGUUUAG